AUGUCAGGAUUAUCAUUAAAUAAAAUUGAAUUAAAUCAAAUAAAAUCUUCUUGGAGUAAAAUAAAUCCUAAAGAAUUUUAUCCUGAAUUAUAUGAAAAUUUAUUUGAAUUAAAUCCUCAAUUACGAUCAAUUUUUAAUAAUGAUGAUUCAGUAAUUAAUUAUCAUUGUGAUAUAUUUGGUGAUUUAUUUAAUUUUAUUAUUAAUAAUAUUGAAGAUGAUUUAUUAUUAAAUGAAUUUUUAUAUCAAUUUGUUAAUGAAAAUCAAAGAUUUUCUUCAAUGAUUAGUCAAUAUUUAGAACCAAUGGGUAAUGCAUUAAUUCAAACUUUUAAAAAUGAAUUAUCUGGUCAAUUUACUAGUGUAUUGGAAUUAAUUUGGAUUAAAAUUUUUGUAUUUGUUGCUAAUUUAUUAUUACAAUAUGAAGAAGAUAUUGUAUCAGAAGAUUCUAAUUCAAUGGAUGAAGAUUAUUAUAUUCCACCAUUGAAUAUUAAUAGAGAAAGAAAACAAUCUAUUGAUACAUUACCAACACCUUCUCCUCCUUUAAGAAAAGAAGAAGAAGAAGUCAAGGAAGAAGAAGAAGAAAUCAAGGAAGAAGAAGAAAAUAUUAUUCCAGUUGUUUCUCCACCAAUUAUUGGAUUUGAUAAUUCUAAACCAAAACAAAUUUUGGAUAAAUUUAAUUCAAUUGAAAUUGAUUUAAAUUCAAAUAAUAAAUAUAAAGGGUUUAGAAGAUCAAUUGAUGUUGCUAAAUCACCAAUUCAUGUUCCUAUUCCACAAUCACCUUCAUUCCAAAAGAUUCAAUCGAAUAUGUCUUCAAGUUUGAAAAAUAUUUUGAUUUCAACUGAUAAUGAUGAUAACAAUAACAACAACAGUAACAACAGUAACUUUGAUUGUGAUUUCCAAACUCCAAGAAGAAGAAGAAAAAAUUUAUCAUUUGAUCCAAGAAGAAAAAAUUCUUCUAAUCCAACUACACCAAAACUUGAUAAAUCACCAUUUGAAUCACCAAGAUUAUCUGCAGUUGCUAAUGGGAAAUUUGCUUCACAACAACAAAAAGAACAUCAAGGUUUAGAAGAUGUUGAGACUGAUAAUGAAGAAUUUUCUACUCCAAGAGCUAGUAGAAGAGGAUCAUUUUCUGAAAAUUAUCUGAUUGGUUCAUUAUUAAAUAAACUUAAAAAGAUCCAAGAUCCAGAAGAACAAGAACAAGAGCAAGAACCAGUAAUUGUUGAAGAUGCUUUAUCAAAUAAAUCAGAAGAUUCUAUUGAUGUUGGUCCAUUUGAUCCAAGAAUUAGAAGAAGAAGAAAUGAAGAAUUGAAUAAUAAAUUAAUUCCAUCUCCUGAAUCUAGUGAAGUUGAUGAACAAGAAGAAGAAGAAAUGUUUAUAAAUAAAUUAUCUCCACCUACUAGUUCAAAUCCAACAUCAACAACAACAACAACAACAACUCUCAAGGAACAAAAACAAACUGUUCCAGAAAGAUCAUUAUCUAGAGGUGGUUUAACUGGUGGUACUUUUGAUUAUCAAUCAUUUGGAUUGAAAGGUUUAGCACCAAUUGUUGAAGAUGAUGAUGCUUCAUCGAAAUAUGAAUCGGAUAAUGAUGAUGAUCAUGAUGAUGAAUUUAAUGGUAAUCCAGUUAAAAAUAACAAUUUAAUAAGUACUAAAUCAAGUGGUCAAAAUUCAAUUGAAGAUGUUGGUGAAAUUAAUUCAAGAACUUCAUCAUUAUCAUUAAAUAAUUCUGAUUAUAAAUCAUCUAUAUCAUCUGGUACUAAUGAUAUUGAUCAUUAUACUAUUAAAGGUGCUGGUGUACGUUAUCAUUCAAGAAAUUUAUCAACUACUAGUAGUAGUGGUAAUGAUUUUGAAUUUAGUACACCAAUUUCAAAAUCUCGAUUCAAUGAUAGUCCAAAACAACAACAACAACAACAACAACAACAACAUAAUAAUAAUAAGCAAAGUUCUUUGUAUUCAAUUGGAAAAAUUCAAUCAGCUUCAGUUUCUUCAAUUAAUUCUACUAGUCGAGCAUCAAUGGGAUUUAUGAGAUCAUCAUUUGUAUUGAAAAAAGAAAUGCAAACUCAAGGUUAUAAUGAACCAGAAAAUGUUUGUUUAUCUAUGCCAGUAACUCCAAGAAUGAAUAAUAAUAAUAAUAAUGAUAAUAAUAAACCUUCAAUAAAUUCAUUAUCAGCCCCACCAGCUAUUUAUAUGAAUAAAGCUGCUUCAAUUUCUAGUUUUGGUCGUCCUACCAGUAUUUCUGGUGGUGGUGUUGCAACAUCUUCUACAAAUUCUCCAAAACUUAAUAAUAGUAGUGGUUCAACUCCAUAUGAUUCAGCUUAUGAUUUAUUAAAUACAUUUGAUACAUCACUACCACCACCACCUCCAUUACCAAUUAAAGAUGGUAUACAUAACACACUGUCUAGAAAUUCUAGUAUUAGUUCACAAGGAUCUUUGAAAAAGAAGGGUGGAUUAAGAAAUAGAUUAUCAUCAAUUUUUAGUUCUAAAUCAUCAUCAUCAUCAUCAUCAUCAAAAUUGGCAGAAUCAUCAUCAUUAUCAUCAUUAUCUAAUACUCCAGCAACAUCUAUAAAUUCAUCAUCAAGAAAAGCAUCAAUUGGUUCAUCAUCAAAUACUUUGGUGAAUUCAAAACCAGAAUCUCAAAGUGGUAGUAAUUAUACUGUUUCUUCACAUUCUACUCGUCAAUCAGUACCAUUAUUUAGUGCACAACCUUCAAUUAAUCAUAUUCCACCAAUUAUUAAAAAAGUUGAAUCUAGUGGUAUUGCAUCAUCUGCAGCAAGUACAAGAAAACCUCCAUCAAUUUAUGGUCAUAAAUAUGGUUCAGUAAAUGAUUUAACUUCAAUUUAUUCUACUGAUACUACAACUUCAGGAUUUUCAAUGUUUAAAAGAAGAGAUAAAAAUGAUGUUAAAUUUGUUCCUCCAUUAACUAGAAAUACUAGAAAAGGUAAUAAAUAUAAUGUCAAGAAAGUUCCUUAUGAUAUUUGGGCCACAUAA